UGCCCUGUCUGCAGCUUUAACUGCACAACUGUGGCGCCCCUGCACACUUCGAAGCAGGGGUCCAGUUCUCCACUCACUCAUUUCUUACCCCACAACUCAAGAGCUCUCUCUCGACUUGCGACAGCAUCUCUGCCUGCGUCUGACCGUUACACAACAACGUCUUGACGCCAGCGCGCCCUCUCUUCUCCCAACACAUUAUUCUUGCUUUCCUCUCUCAAUAUUUACCCCAGCAGCGAACGAACAAUCAAACGCAGUUUUCCAGGAUUCACAAUGGCUACUCAGUACGAAGUCGAACACAAUGUCAAGUUUGCUGAAGGCCGCCGUUCAGGCCGUCGCGUAGACAUGUCAUCAUUCUUCUCCCUCCUCGAUCAGAUCGCCGAACCUUCAGGCGACCAAACUCCUCAUCACAACCCACACGCCACGCCCACCCCCGUCGACACGGCUGCUCUCUUCCGCCUCCUCCAGGAACAGCUACACCAGCUGCACACCACCGCUCCUACAGACGAUAACCGAGACUUUCUCGAGUCUCUGAUAAUGAAUCUCGAAGAUGAUAUCAACGAUCCUCCCACUCGCCUGCAUGGGGUGUCGCAAGAGUUUGUCGACUCAAUCGACCGUGUCAGUCGCAAAACCCUCAAGAAGGAUGACGACUGCGCCAUCUGUAAGGUGCCCUAUUUAGAAGACGAAUAUUGCCUCGUUGUUGAGCUCCCAUGCAAAGGAGGGCAUCGAUUUGAUCUCGAGUGCGUCGGACCUUGGUUGCGCAGCAAGGGUACAUGUCCCAUGUGCCGUCAAGACUUGGGGAAGAAGAAGGAGGUCCCUGCCGUGCAGGAUGACGAGGAGGAGGAGGACGGCGACAUGAUGUACGCCUAGGCAUUGGCGCGUUAGUAGUGAUAUGCAUAGCCUGGCGUCGGGAGUUUGAGCCACUAUGGGCUUGAUGUUUUCAUGGCAUGAUGAAUGUGACCACAGUUUGCUAAUGCAUCCUGCACUUCCCCGGGAUCUUGGCGCAUUACACGCCACCCAACCAUUUAACUACAUUUGCUUGCUCUUCCCAUAUUGAUGCUAGAAAGAUUUUAUACUCCUGGCGCUUUUGAUCUAUCUCAUACGACAUGUAUUGGCCUGCUUCGAACAGUCUGUCCUGCAGACUUCUCUGGUCAGACCCAAGUUCUCUCCGCAGUACUUUGAGCCUCUUUUUCCAGGAUCCCCAUCUUUCUCUGGGAAUUGCGCCCUGCCUGAACGGCCACUGUGCUAAAUGCCCUGCCCACAAUGUUUCGAUAAACCCAAUCCGAAAAUAUAGCUGUGAGCCGGCUGCUAUGAUCCAUUCACAGGCCCCAAGAAUAUAGCAUCAAACAUCCGUGGCCCAAGUGGUAAUGGAUCUUCUAGCGCUUGUUUCAUGACGUUGGAGGAAGGUGAGUCACCUCGCAAUAUACUUUUGGCAACGAGACAAGCAUAAAACAAUUGAAAAGACACCCACCCACUAUACGUUCGACGCAGGCAAGUGUCGUCGGGGGGGACUAAGUAAUAGCCAGCGGGACUCUCAAGAGGUUUCGGCGAAGGGGAAGCCCAGGAACAUGCCAUUAGAAACUUCUAGAAAAAGCCUUUGCGGCCCUGGUAAGCCUUUCCAGACACAAAUCCCUUGGGGGUCAGAUGGUUUUGUGUGCUGUUGCCCGAGGACAUCUAUCGUGCGUACAAGGAGAUCCAUACGUUCAUCCUCAACCGGAAUCCGUCGAGGAACUUCUCGGAAAACUUUCCAGACUGCAGUCAGGAAUAUUUUAGAAGAAGAACAAGAAGAUAUGCCAGCUUGGGAGUUGAGGAUUUGAGACGCAUGUUCCUACCAUAGCUCUUCCAGUUCAUCAGCGAGCUUCUCUGCCUCGGCGUCAAGCCGUUGGCCCUCCGUAGAUUGGUUCGAUCCAGUUCCCGACCUACUUCUACUAGGAUCUGGUCCACUUUGGUCAACGGCUUGAUCUGAGAUGCCGUCUCCAGUAUUCAAGGCUCGAUCGAAUGUGUUGACUAUGCCGAAGUGCAACUCGUUAAGUUCGUCAUCGGCUACCAGAUCUCCUAGGGAGAUGUGACAUUGUGAUGUUUCGAGGGUUUCCAUGACGUUCGUUUACUUGUUGAAUGAUAUUUCGAUGACCGAUGACGAACAUUGAACUUAACUCGAGUGGUAUUGAAUGAUUAUCAAACUCGGAACAAUAACGCGAAUUGCCCAAGACAGAUGUCAUUUUGGGCUUGAUAGCUGAAUCAAGCAAGACGAGGUUCUGUCAGCUGGGAGCUUCCUUCGACAUUUGUGCAGUUGCUGGUCUACUACCUAAGGUACUCAGGUAAGUAGUCGUUGUGACUGUCCGUGAUAUCCAUGGGUGGGAGUGCCGUAGCAUUUCGCAGCUGAUUUAUUCUCCUAUCAAUCACAUUCAAUCAUUUUCCGAGCACUCAUUGAAAUAAAAAUUCCACGUCUUUCAGGCGCUGAGGUUGUUGUUGUAGGCUUCCCCCCCCCCCCCCAAUUAUCUAUAUAUGCAAUUAAGCCUCCGAGCUUUUCUUCUGAUGAACGAAUAGGUAAUACAUAUGCCAUCAUAAGGAGUACACGAGAUACAGUUCAUAGACACUGUUGACCUCUCGCUUCAUUUUCCCACUUCUUACUUGGCCUUGGGCAGAUCUCCCUUCUUGGGCGCACUUCCACUUCCGCUGGAUCCUCCCUUUGAGAUCUCUUCUCCAGCACCCUUGGUCUUAAUUGUUUUCUCAUCACCCAUGGGUGUGCUAAGCUCUUGGUUCGCACCACUCGCGUUCAGGGCGUCUUCUCCCUCUCGACCCUUAGAUUUGGUCCUCUCCCUGGUCUUGUCGGCAGCUUCCUCAGGCCGUGUCGUGUUAGGGUCAAAGGCAAUGUCUGCGUGCUCAGAGGCAACUUGCUCGUCCGUUCCUGACUUUGUGUUCUCAUUCACAACUGGGCGCAGAGAUUCUCUGUCCUGAUCGUGCUUAUACGGCAUCUGCAAGCGUGUUGUUGUGUGAAAAGGGCGGAUGGUGGUUGCGGUUGUACGGAGGACAUUGCGGAAGAGAGACAUGGCGACGGACGAUGAAUGGACGAUAGACGUGGGUUUCUGGUAGAAACUGAGCUUAAGGUGAUGUUAUAGGUGAUCUGUGUAGUCUUCUGAAGCAGUUGAAAGGUGUAUAUGGCAAGUUCUGGGCUUCCAAUGUAGCUCAAAUUGGAGUGAUGUUAUUUCAACUACGUCAUCAAGCAUCAUACUCUAAGCGAUCUCAGUCGUCAUGAUUUGUAGAUAGACUAACCUACACCAUACCUAGGCGAUGAUCGUAUAAUGAAAGAACUGGGGAUUUUUUAAAUACUCGUGAUUGAAAUUUGACACUUAAUUAUGAGUAAAAAUUCUGAUGGAGUAAUGGCGUUGGGAAUUCUUCUGGCAGGGCUGGAGCACUCCCUCCGGUAAACCAGGGUACCUUAUCCAUGAUGAGAUAUGAUUUGUUCAGACAGCAGAGGUUAGAGGUUGACGUCGAGUCUCCUGCACCCUAUCAUUUGAGAUAUCCAUCUGAUCGGUAGUUGAACGAUCAUGACUGCCGUCGAGGUAGGAUCCAUAACGUAGGGAUUGGAAGUCAGUUGACUGCCGAAUUUCGCUUGCACAGCGAACAACAACGAAAUAAAGUUAUCGACUGAAACGAGAUCGCCGUCUAGUCCGGCCAGUCGAAAAAAAAGAUCUUCUCCUCUGAUCAAAUAAUACGAAUAUAACUCAGUAAGCAAACUAUCUUCCUGUAUUGUCUCAGAGUUUCGGCCUGCAGAUUGACUAUUCAUACCUGGGCAUACAAAAGAAGAAAGAUUGUGAGAUAUCCACUAGAAUAAGGCUUGCGCAACUUGCUCAA